AUGUCCGAAUAUGCGGAAAAUGGAGAUGUAAAGAAAAGUAAAAAUGGAAAAUCAUUGCCAUCUGCACGACGAGUGAGAACAUCCUUACAGAGCACCGGGCGUGUGACAGACAAAACUGUUUUUAACGUGGCAGCUGUUCACUUCCUUGAAUAUAUUCAUAGAGACAUCAGCGUUUUAUUUGACCAAAUGGAUUAUCUUACUAAGGGCCAGGAUUGCUGUCACUCGUUAGAGGAAAAGGAUUCGCGUUGCAUGCCUAUAGAAGUGCCCGAAGACGAUCCUUAUCUUAAAGUGACAGAUAUACGAUGUCUCAACUUUACCCGUACGGAAACAUUUCAAGACGUCGGUUGUGUUUCCAACUCGAUGCUCCCGGAACAUAUUAACCUACAGACACCAGUAAUAGAUUUAUCAACAUUUUAUGGAUUUGAUAAAAAAUCAAUGAAUUCGGUUCGAAAAUGGGAAGAUGGGUUGUUGAAAACUGAGGAAAGAAAUAACCGCACAGUACCCUUGGUUAAUACUACCAAGCAUAUAUAUCUACAAAAUGAGAACGAAACAAAUUGCUAUAUAUUUGGUUUUCCUGAAGCAGGUAGCUUCGAUUUAAGAACGACCAGCAUAGCAAUAUUUUUUAUGCGUGAACAUAACCGACUGGCGAAAAUUUUGCACGAACUAAAUCCAUGCUGGAAAGACGACCGUCUUUUUAAGGUUGCUAGGCAGAUUAAUAUAGCUACAACAGCUAACAUAUUUAUAUAUGAACUUCUACCAGUAUUGUUAGGUCUUAGAAAUAUGAUCAAUUAUGGCUUAAUAUCAAAUCGCAUACAGCAAGUCAAUGUGUACGAUGAAGACGCAUUACCUAUCGUGUUUGCCGAGUACGAGAUAGCAACACGUUUCUUUCACACGUUAUUGAACGGAAGAAUCAAGAAAUACAAUGAAAACUAUAACUACGUUGAUGAAUUACCUUAUAGUGACACUUUAUAUAGGCAGGAUGUUUUAGAGCAAAAUAAUAAUUUUGAAGAAAUCAAUCGUGGAACAUUUUAUCAGAACGCAGCUAAAAUGGACGAUAUACAUGAUCCAGAAAUUUCGGAGCAUUACUUUGGUCACUUACAAAAGGCUCACGACCUCGCCGCAAGUGAUAUUCAAAGAGGCCGAGACUUAGGAAUUGGAGGACAUAAUGAAUAUAGGCGCAUAUGUGGUCUAAAAGCUGCCAAGAUCUUUGAAGAUUUUUCUGAUGUAAUUGACAUUGAGAAAGUGGAGAUGAUAAGUCAUCUCUAUGAACAUGUUGAUGAUGUGGAUUUGCUCGCGGGUAUAAUGAGUGAAAACGUCAUUAACGAUACUUUUGUUGGCCCUACAUUAUUUUGCAUCAUGGCUCGUCAAAUGAAUAUAUUCAGGUUUGGAGAUCGAUUCUGGUUUGAAAGGUUACAAUACAUUAGACUACACUUACAUUAUAUCAGAGUCCAGUAG